CCCUACACUUGCUAGUAUACACGUACUCGAGCAUAUGGGAUUGUGGUGCAGCACAGUACAUUAAUUAUUCCUCCAAACAGCUAGUUAGCUUCAGCUUCAAUUCGCUCACCACCUUUGAAGUUGGAGGUGCCUUAAUUUGUUCAGCUGUGCUGUCCUCGGCCCCGCGCCAUGGAUCCCAACGCCGAGGGCGGCGGCGGCGAGGGAGACCUCGACCUCAACCUCUCCCUUCAGCCGUCCUUGGCGCCUGAGCCGGACCCACCGGGGUACUUCUCCUGCACCUACUGUAACAAGAAAUUCUACUCCUCGCAGGCGCUCGGCGGUCACCAGAACGCCCACAAGUUCGAGCGGAGCGUUGCCAAGCGCGCCCGCGAGCUGGCCGCCGCUCGCCGGCACGCCGGCCAGGGCGGCGAGCGGGCCGACGAGGAGGUGGGGAGGGGGAAGGAAGAAUCGGCCAUUGCUGCGCGGGGCUCGGCGGCGAGCUCCUCGCAUCAGAUCAGGGCGUCGCCAACAGAGGUCGGCCGGGACCUCACAGACGAGAUCGACCUCUCCCUGAAGCUAUGAUUGGCUGCUCCUGCUGUUCACGGUCCUGGAGAUUCUUUCGCAGGAACAUACGAGGAUUCAAUUAACCCUUUCCUGAGUUCUUGUCAUUAUGUGGUUGUGCUCAUGAAGCUUCUGUUGGUUAGGUUCGGCAUGCAUCGAUCAAACUGGAAGCAAUUUCUUUUUGGUUUCCCUUGAUCCCCUCCUUCGAUAGGAUCUCCUCGUUCACCUCAUCUCCUCCUUCCUUUUCUUUCAACCAUUUUUUUGGAGAUGUUUUUUCCCCAAAUUUUUACCUGUAGUACUAUUACUUUGUCAUGCGUAAAGCCUAGAAAUGGAAACAUAAGCAAGGUGAAGAGUCGAUGAUUGCUUGGGGACUGUACAUGAAAUUGUUACUGCAGGUACGUACACAUUAGUACAUGGCCGCAGUAACUGAGUAACUCUUACUUUACAUAAUCCAAGGCAAAUUAAAUC